AUGGAUGAGGGUUCCGACAAGGCCCCUCGACGAAAGAGGGUCUCGCGCGCCUGCGACCGCUGUCGAAGCAAAAAGGACAAAUGCGACGGCAUUCGUCCCACAUGUUCCGCCUGCCAGGCCUCCGGCCAAUCCUGCUCCUACGACCCCCACGCAAAGAAACGCGGUCUCCCCGAAGGCUACGUCCGCGGACUCGAGAAGCUCUGGGCACUAUCGAUAUGUAACAUCGACGGGUUCGAAGAUACCAUGCUGGCCAUGCUAGGCGCGACCGCCGACUCGGCCGAUCGUCGAGCCAAAUUGAUGUCUGUCUGGUCUGACGAUACUUCUUCCGAGAGUUUACAUGAAACGUGGAAAUCGAGUCGUCUUUAUGGUGCGCUGGAGAAAAUGCUCUCCAGUUCGGAGCAGACACAGACUUCCGCGACAGCUACCGGGGCGGGGACGGGGAAACGGUCGCGCAAUCCGAAUGACGAUCCUGAUAGUGGUUGGGGGUAUCGCUUCGGGAGAGAAUCGAGUCCACUAGGUCCGGAUGCGCCGCGAAUUGUCGGACCUGUUUCACUUUCGCAUUCGCACCCGCACUCGCCCACUGCGAAGCGCACACGAUUGGGGCAGUCACAGUCGCACUCGCACUCGCAGCCACAAUCCGAUCGCAGUAUCACAUCUUCACCUCCGCAAACCCUCCAAUUACCCGCGCAAACCUCCCAACUCCUCGACAUCUAUUUCGCAGCAACACACUCCUGGCUCCCAAUCCUCGCAAAACACAAUACCCUCCGCGCCUCCUACCUCUACGCAAACACCACCGUCUCACUCACAGCCACAACCCCCGGCUCCGGCGAUCACGCUGCACUAUGGGCAAUCCUCAGCUAUACAAUCACACAAUCGCGAACCGAUCCUCGCUCCAGUUCCAGUUCCAGUUCCAGUUCCAGUUCCAGUCCCGCCGGCAUACUGUCACUAGCAAAAGAAUACUACACCAUCUCGCGCCAUCUCAUUCCUCUCGAAAAAGACCGAUACGAACUCGGUCAUAUCCAAGCAUUACUCCUACUCACGUUGGUGAAUAUGGGACUGGAAGAUUGGACAGCGGCAUGGUUAUUAAGUGGACAAGCAGUUCGCAUGGCGAUAGCGAUGGGUCUGGGCUCUUUCACCGACAUGCGACGAUCUGACGAGCUGAGACAGGGCAAGGCCGUGUUUCUGGGCUGUUUUGUCAUUGAUUCACUUCUUUCUUUCCGCCUUCGUCGUUGUCCGGCUAUGUCGGCGAAUGAUAUUGCACCGGUUGGUUUAUUGGAAGAAGAUGGAUUAGAAGAGUGGAAUUCUUGGGCCGAUGUUCUUCCCACGGCCAGCAACAGCAGCAGCACCACCACCUCCACCACCACACAUGGAAAGGUCCCCCCACGCCGAGGACCGCUAAUGUCUCUAAGCUGCUUCAACCGCCUAAUCGAACUAUCCAGCGUCCUAAACAAAAUCUCCCGCAAUCUCUCAAUGGGUUAUAAACCCUCCACAUUCGCACAACAACUAGUCAUGGACCUGAAACAAUGGGACGACUCCCUCCCACUAGGCUGCCGUCUAAUCGGGCCAGAAAGUAUCUACCCAGAACGACACUCGGCAUUACUCCCACACCAAAGUUAUCUAGGACUAACAUACGUCGCCACCUUGCUUUGGUUAUAUAUCUCUCUCAUCCCUGGAGAACAGGGACUCCAUCGCUCGCAAAGACCCGCGACAGAGGGUGCGAAGAAGUUACUUUAUCGUGGGUUGGCUAUGUUGGCGCAGCAUUUGGAUAAUUUCCCAAUUUGUGCUCUGCCGCCUAUGUUUGAGUUUGGUCUUAGGACUAUUUCAGAGCAGGCUUUUGCUUUACGGCAGAAUGUUGAUUCGUCCGAUUCGUUUCCGUUUGUGAGGUGGGCGGAGGAGUUUCGUCAGAAGUGUUCGGCGCUUGUGGAGUGUUGGCCUGUUUAUGGGUCUCUUGUUGUGGGGAUGGAACGGGGUCAGCAGACGCAGUCACAACAGCAGACACAGACACAGUCGAAUGGGUAUCACCCGUCGCCAACGAACUUUGGAAAUGGAGGCGGAGGUAUUAUGCCAGCACCGAUCACGGCAGUGCCAAGUGUACCUGUUCCUGUGUCUGUUCCCGCUCCUAUGCCCGAGCAGGUAAACUACGCAUCAUCCAUAAUGGGAAUAAGCAUGCCGGUAGACGGGCAGUCCUUAACGCCAAAGGACACUAUCAUGGAGAACACAGAUCUACCCAUGAUACCAGUGGAUAAUAGGUCCGGCCCAUUAGAACCGAUGGAUAUGGAGAAAUUACCACAAUCACAACCACACCCACAACCACAACGACCAGAUGCAGUAUACCCAUCUCAUCCACCACCACAACACCCACAUCAACACCACCCCUCAACGCCAGACUCCCCCUCAAUCCUCUCAACAAACCCCUACGCAUCAGCCCCCAACUCCGCCCCAACCUCCACCUCUAUCCCAGGUCCCGGCCCCGAAGAUCUAGACGCAAUAUUCAAAGACCUAGCCUACCUCGACACAACAGAAUGGUCCUCGAACCGUGAAGCCGGACUCAAAGAUUUCGGAUUCCUGAGACGACUCCACAUUCCAGGCUUUCUGUCAUGA